GGCGCGAGGUUGGGCGGAAGGGUUGCGAGAGUUGCAAAGCUGUCAGCGAGACUGAGCACCAUGUCGCUGAACGAAACAGAGGGCGACCCACCCACACACGACCCCCCACCCCUAUCCCAAACUCCCGCCGAUGAACCCGCACCUCCACCUGAGCUGAACACUGAGGACCCAUCAACUGCACCCCCCCCACUGGACGCACAAGACAGCAGAUCGGCCAACGAGGUUGCGCAGGAGGACGUUACGGCCAAUCUGAGCGAAGAGCCUCAGCAGAGCCAAUCAGAGGUCAGCGGUGAGGGUCAGGUGACUGAGUGCGAUGAGUCAGUGGACCUAGAGCCCAAACCCACCGAUGGGGAAGCAGAGGUAUCAGACCAACCCAAAAGUAAAGGUUGGGGCGGCUGGGGAUCUUGGGGAAAGUCAUUGCUGACCAGUGCCACCUCCACAGUGGGUCAAGGGUUGAGUUCGGUGAGAGAAAAAGCCGGCGUGGCAUUGCGGAUGCGUCAGGCGUCAUCGUGCGAGGAAGGAGAGGAGGUGACGGAAUGUUCUGGAACGGAUAAGGCGGAAUCUGAUUCGUCUGGUCAGACGGAAGAUUCUGGAAGCCCAACUGCCCAGCCCAGUGGGGCACACAGAGGAGUGCUAUCCACCAUAACCAGUGCAGUCCAGAAUACUGGGAAGUCUGUAAUUACAGGUGGUUUGGAUGCUCUGGAGUUUAUCGGUAAAAAGACGAUGACAGUUCUGGCUGAAAGUGAUCCAGGGUUUAAAAAGACUAAAAUCCUGAUGCAGCGCACCGUGUCACUAUCUCAGAUGCUGAAGGAGGCUAAAGAGAAGGAGAGACAGAGACUGAGCAGUCAGAUGAUAACUGAGCCAACUGCACACUACGGUAUCCUGUUUGACGAGUACCAGGGUCUGUCUCACCUCGAGGCUCUGGAGAUACUCUCCAAUGAGAGUGAGUCCAGGGUUCAGACUGUUCUUUCAUCUCUUGAGGAAGAGGAGCUAGAGGCCCUGAAGAAAGACCUCAUUGCUAUUAAGGAGAUCUUCGUCACUCGCGAGGAUGAGGAAGAUGAGACGGGUACUGGGGAAAAUGCUACUGAUGGUGAAGAGUUCGUCAGUGUCCUAACGGAGCUGUUGUUUGAGCUGCAUGUUGCUGCCACUCCAGAUAAACUCAAUAAGGCUCGUAUGAGGGCCCAUGAUUGGGUGAAGAAGGUGGAGAGCCCUGUUGCUACGGAGGUCACCAGAGAGGAGAACAAGGAGGAGAAAGGAGAGAGUGAGAAAGGAGAGAGUGAGAAGGUGCAGGAGGAUAAAAUGAAGGAAGACAUCAAGAAGACUGUGGAGAGUGUGUAUCUGUCCUCAGUGGGUAGUCUUGCUGAAGUGACAGCGCGAAGUAUAGAGCAGCUUCACAAAGUGGCCGAACUUAUUCUCCACGGACAGGACCUGGAAAAACCCGCCUCUGAGCAGGCCAAGAUACUAGUCAGGUUAACGAGCGCGAUGUGUAAGGAGGUGAUCUGCCUGGCGCGGGAGUUCAGUGACACACUGCUGACCGUGGGGAGUCAAAGUAAGGCUGAGCUGCUUAAUCCCUUAGUGGACAGUGUCAUACUAGAGGGUUCUAACAGUACCAGCUACAUUCAAAACGCAUUCCAGCUUCUGCUGCCAGUUCUACAGAUCUCACACAUCCAGACUAAUAGAACCACAGGUGAACCCAAACCAGAACCAGCCCCUACAGACUAGUGUGUGUAUGUGUAUGUGUGUGUCUUUGCGUGUGUGUGUG